AUGACAGUGUCACCAAGUCCCUAUGCCGACGCGCAUGUCGAUCCCCAAGGAGCCGGAGAUGCACGACCAACCGCCCUUCAGAUCAUCCAGAAUGAGUCCAUGGAAAGCAAGCUUGACGGCAAGGUUAUUGUCCUCACCGGUGCGACGUCGGGCAUCGGUCUCGAAACUGCCCGCGCCUUGUCUGCCACUGGAGCGACCUUGUUCUUACCGGCUCGCGAUCUGGGAAAGGCCCAGAGGACUCUAUCGACCAUCCUGGAACCAGGCCGUGUUUCCCUCGUCGAGAUGGACGUCAACUCGUUUGCGAGCAUUCGGGUGGCAGCGGCGGAGAUCCUGUCUGCCUCACAGAAUCAGGUCAACAUCCUCAUCAACAACGCCGCGGUGAUGGGCAUCCAGGAACGCCAGAUGACUGAGGAUGGCCAUGAGACGCACUUCAUGACUAACUAUCUUGGUCCUUUCCUUCUGUUCCAGCUGCUGAAGCCCGCCCUGCUGGCCAGCGCCUCACUCGACUUCAACUCUCGGGUCGUUAACGUGUCCUCGUCCGCGCACCGCUCCUGCACUCUGAUGGACAGUGAUGAUUACGAUUUCCAAAAAAGCGACUACAGCCAUGAGCUGGCAUAUGCCAACUCCAAGUUAGCCGUCAUCUACAUGGCCAACGAGAUCGAUCGUCGCUACGGUUCCAAAGGCCUCCAUGCCACCAGUCUCCACCCUGGGGCCAUAAACACGGAAAUAUCCCGAAACAUGGGCCCUGGAUUUGUGGAAGCGAUCAUGAGCAGCCCAGUGGUUCUUAAGAUCCUGAAGUCCCCAGAGCAGGGAGCAGCGACGACGGUCCUGGCCUCGGUUGGAAAAGAGUGGGAGAACAAGGGAGGGAAGUAUCUGGAGGAUUGCCAGGAGGCAAAACGAGGAGAAGAUGAUAAUCAGGUAUUUGGGCUUGGAUAUGUGCGUCAGACGUAUGAUCUCAAGGAGGAGGAGCGCCUGUGGAAAGACUCGUUGAAGCUGGUGGGUGUGAGCGAUGAUCUUUGA